CCACCCGGGGGCGGCUGCGGGGCCGCCGGCGAGCACCUCCUUCCCCGCGGGCCCCGCCGCCCCGGGAGGGCGGGCCGCGCGGCGGGGGCGGGCGCCCGGUUAUAAAAGCGGCGGCGGCGGCCCCGGAGCGCUGCGGUCUCGCCGGCACCAUGCACGCUGCCCGCUGGCUGGGGCUGGCGCUGCUCUGCCUCUGCCGCCCCGCCGAGCCCUGGUACCGGCCGGCGGCCGGGCCCCGCCACUACUUGGUGGGCAGAGCCUCGGGGCUGCUCUCCGGGCUCCGCCGCUCCGACACCGGCGGCACCGCCGAGCCCGGCCCCGGUGCGCUGAUGCCCGGCUCGGCCCGCCCGCCCGCACGGCUCCACGCCGCGGCGCUGUGCGUGACGGAUGUGGCCCCCGAGCUGCGGAGCUGCCGGCUGCUGCCUGGAGCCGCCGGCGCUCUCCAGUGCAAGGCGGACGUGACCGUGUCCUUGGACCCUGUGGCGUGUGCGGAUGCCUGAGCCGGCACUGGUGGCUCCGUGGUGACAAUAAAUGUGCUUGGAUUGGC